AUGUGGAGAGGAAUGUUCAGGACUGUUUCGGAAAGGGUGUGGGAAGAAAGGGUGUGCAAACAGAUUUGGCUAGGCCUAUUUGAUGAUAGAUCAUCAGCAAUUCCAGACUUCAGGGAUCCACAGAAAGUAAAGGAAUUUCUACAGGAAAAAUAUGAAAAGAAAAGAUGGUAUGUUCCUCCAGAGCAAGCAAAAGUGGUGGCAUCAGUGCAUGCAUCCAUAUCGGGGUCUUCUGCUAGUAGUACAAGCAGCACACCUGAGGUGAAGCCACUCAAAUCUCUCUUGGGAGAAGCUGCACCUGCACUGCACUUAAACAAGGGCACACCUAGCCAAUCUCCUGUUGUAGCUCGAUCUCAAGGACAGCAGCAACAAGAAAAGAAACAAUUUGACCUCCUCAGUGACCUUGGCUCAGAUAUCUUUGCUGCUGCUCCGCCCCAGUCAACUGCUACAGCAAAUUUUGCUAAUUUUGCACACUUCAACAGUCAUACAGCGCAGAACUCUGCAAAUGCAGGUUUUGCAAACUUUGAUGCAUUUGGACAGUCUAAUGGCUCGAGUAAUUUUGGAGGUUUCCCCACAGCAAGGCAGUCUUUUCAGCCCCAAAAUACAGGUGGAAGUGCUGGAUCAGUGAAUGCUAACUUUGCUCACUUUGAUAACUUCCCCAAAUCCCCCAGUGCUGAUUUUGGAGCCUUCAAUGAUUCUCAGAGCAACACAACAGCAACUGCAGCCAGUAAAGCUGCAGUGAAUAAACUGAAUCUACAGUCAGCUGACAAAUAUGCAGCUCUUGCUAAUUUAGAUAAUAUCUUCAGCGCAGGGCAAGGUGGUAGUGAGCAAGGAAGUGGCUUCAGUACAGUAGUGUCAGCAUCAGGAGGUCCUGCGUUGUCAGCCCCAAAUCAGUCAAGUGCAUCUUCAGACAAGUAUGCGGCUCUAGCAGAAUUAGACAGUGUGUUCAGCUCCACAGCAACCUCUAGUAACGCAUAUACUUCCACCAGUAAAGUUAGCAGCAAUGCUUUUGGAACAGUACCUGUGGCUGCUACUGCACAGACACAGCCUGCGUCUUCGAGUGUGCCUGCUCCAUUUGGAGCAACACCUUCCACAAAUCCAUUUGUAGCUGCCCCUGUUGCCCCAGUGGUACCUUCAACAAAUCCAUUCCAGACCAAUAGCCGAGGAGCAACAGGCCUCUCGGGAGCAAUGCACUCUCACAUAUUUCCUCAGGCUCAUUUUGCAGCAACAUUUGGUACUGCAUCUGUGAGCAUGCCUGCAGGAUUUGGAACUCCUGCUUCCUACAGUCUUCUUCCUACUAGUCUUAGCGGCAACUUCCAGCAGCCCACGUUCCCAACCCAGGCAGCUUUCUCUCAACAGACUGCUUUUGCUCAGCAGCCAAAUGGAGCAGGUUUUGCUGCAUUUGGACAGGCAAAGCCUCUAGUAACUUCUUUUGGACAAGUUGCAGCUGUUGGAGUACCUAGUAACCCUUUUAUGGCUGGUGCACCAACAGGACAGUUUCCAACAGGAAGCCCAUCAACCAAUCCUUUCUUAUAGCCUUAUAGACACUUUACCCAAAAGAACUCUUAUGUGGUCACAUAACAUCUCUGCGCCUCUUGCACUGUUGUCUUGUUUCACUGAUAUUAGCUUUAAACACAAAAGAAGUCUUUAAGAAGUAAAAAUAAAAGCCUGCAUUGUGUACCUUUAAGAAAAUGAAAAAUAUUAAUAAAAAAAACCCAAACAAAAGCAAAAGACCACCACAAAAGCCACAAAACCCCCCAAGAAAAUCAACCCCCCCACCAGGUAAUAACGUGCAAAACAGAGGGCUGUGGUAACAUCCUUGGACCUGUGAGCUGGCAGGUAAAAAGUAGCGGUAUCAUGUAUAUUAAAAUUGGCUAAUAAGUUAUUGCAGAUACCACAUUCAUUAUGCUGCAGUACUGUACAUAUUUUUCUUAGAAAAUAGCUAUUUGUGCAUAUCAGUAUUUGUAACUUUAACACAUUGUUAUGUGAAAAAUGUUACUGGGGAAUAGAUCAGCCACUUAAGGUGCUGUUGUAUCUCUUGGAAUGAAUGAGCUACAUCGUUUUAACCAUUGGUAUUGGAAGUCAUGAAGUUAAAUUGAAGGUUUGUUCAUUUCUCAAUGUUUUCCUUUCCUAAGAGCUCUUCUAUUUAUACAUGCCUAAAUCUCUAAUGUUAGAGGGAUACCUGUCUGCAUAAUAAAGCUGAUCAUGUUUUGCUACAGUUUGCAGGUGAAAAAAAUAAAUAUUAGAAAAAAAA